CAAGCGUGAAGUGCUCGGGUUGCCCCGGCUGACUCGUAAAUGAGUUACAACUCUGUUGACGGGUAUUUUGCAAUUGUGUUUUCCGCUUCUGCAUUAUGCGAAGAAAAAUGUUUGGUUUCCUGAAGCCGAAGAAGUUCCGGAGUUUAGAUGGCUGCUGCAUCUGCCGUGCGAAGUCCUCCAGCUCGCGUUUCGUGGACAGCAGGCGCUACGAGACGGCCUUCCAGAGCUGCUUCGGGUUGUGUGAAACUCGAUCGGAGGACAUCUGCAACGCCUGCGUCCUUUCGGUGAAGCGAUGGAAAAAACUCCCGGUGGGGUCCAAGAAGAAUUGGAGUCAUAGGGUGGAUGCAAAGGUUGGCACAAACCAAAAGAUUGCAGUAGGGCUGAAGAAGAUGACGUCACUGUCCAGAAGGGUGACGCCAAACCAGAUCCGUCGAAAGUCGACGGAGCUCAGGAUAGAAGACUUGGAUACUGACAGCAUCACACCCAGCACCUCCCCUUCCCAGUCUUCCAGCUACAGUAACCAAUCAGAUGAGGGCUCUGACAGCGAGCAUACCUCGGGCUCUAGCCAACUGCCCGUCUUCUCCUUCCUGGACCUUACCUACUGGAAGAGGCAAAAGGUGUGCUGUGGGAUCAUCUACCUGGGCCGCUUCGGCGAGGUCCUCAUUGACCUCCACCUCUUCAAGCCCUGCUCUCAGAAGCAGCAGCAGCAGCAGCAGCAGCAGGAGGAAGUGGAGACUGAGGAAGAGGAGGAGGAGGAAGGCCAGGAGAGCAGCAGGGGUCUUCAGUCUCAGGGCACACAGUCACCCCCUCAUGCCAAAGAGGACCAGAAAGAAGAAGAGGUGGAAGUUGAGUUGUGACCUCACAUUCUUGCAUGUGUACACAGGUACACACAAAUGCAUACAAGCGCGCACACA